AUGGACGUCCUCGACAAGUUGUCCGUCGAAGAAUACAACAAAAAGUAUCCAAGAACGUGCACAAGUUUCAUAAUUGGAGCCUCCAAGCAGUCCGCAUUCGACACAACCCCUUACGGAUUGGCACUUCAAAUCCGUGCUGAAUUGAAUCUCGACAAAGAGCAUGAAGGAGGUGAGGAGAAAGUCAUCGAGAACCAAAAAAAGAAGUCCGCACUAGACAUCAUCAAAAAAAUCGGAUGUGUGAGACUAAUCUGCCAAAAAAAGACAGAGUGCGACAACGUCGAAGAGAAGAAAUAA